AUGGGAUUUGCCACUAGAGUUUGGUCCUUCACUCUUCUCCUCUUUGGAUUAAUGCUGGUAAUGGCAUACAGUGCACAAUCAGCAAGACCAAAAAUUUGCCCACUUUACUGCAUAGCUGUGGAUGCUUACAUGAUUUGUCCCGGUUCAAAUGAGAAACUUGAACCGGUUUGCAAUUGCUGUUUGGCUCGACUGGGCUGCAAAAUCUAUCGCAAUACUACUGGUGAUUUGAUCUGUACUGCAACCUAA